AUGUCAUCCAAGACGUCGCCCGCGAAGCCGCCGCAACGCAAGAGCGACCCAUCGCCCGCUCCCACCUCGCCGUCGACGACCAAACGCCAUGCGUCGACGUCCACGCUCUCCGGCGCCGGGCUCGGGUACUUCUUCAUAGCUCUGGUCUGCGUCAUCUGGAUCGCCGCCUCCUUCCUCGUCGCCCGUCUCGAGGCGCACGGCGUGUCGCCGGUGAUGUUGAGCUUCAUAUGUAGCUCCGGUUUCGUGACGCUCGUGCCGUUUCGCGCGCGGAUGAUCGCGAGGCACGUGAUCGAGCGCGUGGGACGCGGCGGCGCGAACGGGACGCGAGACGGACGCGGUACGAGACGCGGAUCGCGCGAAGAAGAGGAGAUCGCGGCGGGUAAAGGGACGGCGGCGAACGAAGGAAAGGUGUCGAAGCGACACGCGAUCGAACGCGAGCGCGGGACGGAGAUCGAGAUGGCGUCGUUGGUGGAGAAUGGCGAGGCGAAGAGCGGAAAGUCAGACGCGAGAGAGCAAGAGGCGCGCUCGAGGACGGCGGAGCCGUACUCGUUCGAUCGACAUCUAGAAGCGGCGAUCACGGUGGCGCCGCUGUGGGUUUUGGCUCAGGUCGCGUUCGAUUACAGUCUGCUGAUGACGACGGUGACAGCGAACUCGAUGUUGAGUUCGUCGAGCGCCGUGUUCACGUUCAUGGUGAGCGUUUACUGCGGGUUGGAUAAGUUUUCAUGGACCAAGGCGGCGGCCGUCGGGGCGUACGUCGUGGGGAGCGUGCUCGUGACGCUUGCGGACGACGAUAAGGCGGCGUCCGGAGCGGAGUUCAACGCCGAGAUUGCGACGAAACACCCGCUGUUUAUGACGCGCGAUUUUUUCAAUUCGCCCGCGUUUGGGAACAUUUUGGCGCUCGCGGCGGCAGGGCUCUACGCCUCGUACACGGCGACGAUGAAGCUCCACCUCAGGGAAGACGAGCGAACGGACAUGACAUUAUUCUUUUCUCUCAUGGGUUUGGUUAAUUUCUUUGGCUACGGCGCGGUGUUGGUGAUCGGUCGUGCGCUGGGCGGCUUUACGCACUUGUAUCACGCGUUUGACGCUCGCGCGUUCUGGCUCGCUUGCACCAAAGCCUUCUUCGACAACGUCCUGAGCGAUUACCUCUGGGCCCGGGCGGUUCUUCUCACUUCGCCCACGAUCGCAUCGAUCGGGUUAUCGCUUCAGAUCCCGCUCGCGGCGUCGGUGGAGGUAGUCAUCGGCCAUCCAAUUUGGGCGUCGAAGCUCAAAAACGCGCUCAUCAUGACGGGCGGCACAGUGUUUAUCCUCUUAGGCUUCGCCGGUGUCACCGCGAACUAG